AUGGGUCAUGGCCUGCUCCAGUGCAUGGUCCUUGUGAUUGUGUCGUUUGGGAUUCUUCGAUGUUCUGCAUUGGGUACUGAUUUGCCAACCGACAAGGUAUGCAGGAAGGUAGAACGAGUGUACUUCGUUGGGAAUGAAUGGCCAUCUAUCUCCAACAUCUUCGAAAAGAGAAGCUACCUGACGAUUAACCAACAGACAAGAAAUUACGUGCUAAGAUGGGUUUGUUGCGAUGAAACUGAAGAAAGCUUCCAACGUGUCGAAUCUGAGGAUUGUGGAGAGGCUAUCUGUGAGGGCAUCUGCGAUGAGGAAAACCCUGAAUGUAACUUGGAGUCUAGGCUCUGCUCAAAACGACUCGUGGAUGAGAAUGCUGAGAUAAAAGGAAGCUUGUACACAGAGCUACCGUUUGACCCAACAGUUGACACAACAAUAGAUGGAGACUAUGACGGAAUUUGUUCCUUUUCGGGUGGCUCCGUGCGCACCUUGGAUGGACUGAAUUACAACUACCCAUACAAUUGUAAGCACAAUCUGGUGUUCUAUCAACAAGAGCAACUGGAAUUGACUGUGGACAUUCUGCCAAGAUCACAUUGCGCAAACUCAUCCUGUAAAAGCACAGUCAUAAUAUGGGAGGCGAUGAUUGACUCCCAGGUUACCUUGGGUGCCGAUGGUGUAGUUCACUAUAACAAUAAAUUAGUUGAUUUGCCGUACCUUACUUCAAAUGGUCAGCACAUCUACAAAGAAGGGAUGGACAUCAUCUAUGAAGAAACAGACAACACCCGUGUAAUCUUUGAUGGUCAGAACCAUGUAGUCAUUACAGUAUCAAGUCUGUACAAAGCCUCUGAUGAAGGAGAAAGCAGGAUUAGUGGAUUGUGUGGUGACUAUGACAACAAUCCUAGCGAUGACUUUGACAGCGCUUUGGUACGCGACUCUGAGGAUCAGUUUAGUUCUGGUCAUCAGUGCGUGCCACUUGAGCUCAAGUACCAAGACCCAUUUACUUAUCUCACCAACGCCCAACAAAAGGAAGUCCUUGCAAUUUGUGCAGAUUUUGCAUCGGAUUUUCGGUUCCAGGAGUGUCGCACCAAGGUUCUGAUCGAGCCGUUUUAUAAUUCCUGCUGGUUCACCUUGUCCAUGUGUACCUUGGAAGACACGUCUUGCGAUUUAUGUGAGAUUUAUUCAAGGUACUCCAAAUCAUGUGCACGCCAUGGUAUACUGGUUGAAUGGAGGUCAUCCCAUUUUUGCCCUAUUACUUGCGACCGAGGCAUGGUGUACAAUGAAUGUGGAUCGGCCGACGCUUUGACCUGUGAAAACUACUACUACAGUCAAGGCACCAUACAGUCAUGCGUCCCUGGCUGUGAAUGUCCAGCAGGAACUUACUUUAAUAAAGAUGAGUGUGUUCCGAAAGAAAGAUGUCCGUGUUCACAAGCUGAAGUACUAUUCCCAUCUGGCUCACUUAUGAAGGAGAAAUGCAAGGUUUGUGUAUGUAUUGAGGGAAAGCUUGCUGAAUGUACCCCCUUACCGUGCCCAGCAACUUGCUCCAUUGUGUCUGGGAGUACCUUCCGUACGUUUGACGGUACCCAUUUUCAUUUCAACUGGCAAUGUUCAUACAUACUUGGUCAACGGAUUGGAGAGGAAGGUCCACCAUUUACCAUCGGUAUUGAUAAGAUAGGUUGUACUUCACUAACGGAUUGUGUUCCUUACGUUACUGUAAUGACUUCAGAUGGCACUGAGUAUAGAAUCGUAAGUAUUGAUGAAUUAAUGGUCACAAUAGAUGGCAAAGCUGCACAAGGAUUGAAGCUUCCAUAUUCCAGUGUCGAUGGCACGGUCACAGCGAGCCGUUUAUCUUCCAUGGUCGCCCGUAUAGUUUUACCCAACCAUGGUAUUGAGAUCAUGUGGAGCACAGCUAAUGGUAUCUACCUGACAGUCCAAGAAGAAAUGCUCGGCAAGAUUCACGGUCUUUGUGGAAACUACAACAAAAAACAGAGAGAUGAUUUCCAGCUCCCUGCCAGUUCCUCAGAAGUGGCUUCCCUCGCAGAUUUUACCCCUGCAUGGAACACAAACGCCUCCUGCGUUGAAGCUUCCAAAUUGACUUUUCUCUACCGAUGCCGAAGCGAAGUGAUUGAGACUUGCAGACAACUGAAAAGGGCUCCGUUUGACGUUUGUGGAGCAAAGGUCGACGUCACACCAUACUAUGAGAGCUGUAAACAUGAUAUGGAGUACAAGUGUAGCACUUUCGUAGACUUAAAUGAGUGUGCGAUACUUGCAGCUUAUGCAUUGGAGUGUGCCAACCAAGACGUCCCUAUCAACUGGAGAAAUGACAACUUGUGCCCUGUAAGCUGUCCAGACGGAAGGGAGUACAAAGAAUGCGGUUCAGUCUGUAAAGUGACCUGCAGUGAUAUUAACAACGAUGUUGGCUGUCUGGAGAAUUGUGUUCAAGGUUGCCAAUGUCCAAAUGGAGAGGUUGAAAGUGAUCGGUCAGGUUUCUGUAUACCUGUUUCUAAUUGUCCUUGUGUCGACCAAGGAUUGACUUACGAAAGUGGGGAAACAUGGAUGGGCGAAUGUAAUAAUUGCACAUGCUCAGGUGGAGUGGUGACAUGCACUACUGAAGUUUGUCUCGCUGAUGAUCAUAACGGUACAAAGGGUCCGUCAAUAUGCCAAUCAAACAAAGAGUGGCUGUCUUGUCUUGCAUGUGAGCGAACUUGUGAAAACUAUAACCUUGGGUGGAGCAAAACCAAUACGGGAAAAAAAGGAUGCCGAUGUAAAGACGGUAUGGUGAUUAAUCCAAAGACGACAGCAGGUGGCUCGGCAUGCAUUUAUCCAUCCAGAUGUCCAUGUUACUACAAUGGUCAGAGCUAUGACAUUGGUGCUACCUUCAAGAAAAAGUGCAACUGGUGCCAGUGCAAGCCAAACUCCAAAGUGUUAUGUUCAAAAAAAAAAUGCCCUGGUACUUGCUCAGGGUAUGGGGAUCCCCAUUAUCUGACCUAUGAUAGUAGGAUGUAUGAGUUCAUGGGUGCCUGCAGUUAUGUGUUGACAACUGACGAGUGUUAUUGCAGUGACUUAAAUCAAACGAGUGCGUCUACUUUCAAGGUGGUUGUUGAGAAUAUUAUCUGUGGAUCGGCUGGAUUCACCUGUACAAAGACGGUGACAUUCACCUUCCAGAAUGUAACAAUCGUCUUGGCUCGGGGUUCAGAACCUGUGAUCACUCCGCCCCCACAGGAUGGAGCAGAACUUCAAUACAAAAUCAGAUCAACUCUUCGCUUCGUUCUUAUUUCUACCAAGCAAGGGAUCAAACUAAAGUGGGACAAGAUGACGAGCAUUCAUGUGAAACUCGACCCGGACUACCAAGGCAAAGUUUGUGGCUUGUGUGGUAACUUCAACGAUGAUGCUGAAGAUGAUUUUCAAACGAGAUCUGGAGAUGUCGCAGCGACUCCUCGUUUAUUUGGACACAGUUGGAAGACAUCGGAUAGCUGUGAGCUGCCCUGUACUGACUGUGUAGAUCCCUGUGAGAAUCAUCCCGGACGAGACGCCUGGGCAAGGUUCAAGUGCAACAUCAUCCUUGAUGUAAAUGGUGUCUUUGAGCCCUGCCACCAUGUGGUGGACCCAGACAUUUAUUACGAGAGGUGUUUGUUCGACAGUUGUGGAUGUGAUCGUGGCGGUGACUGUGAGUGUUUAUGUACUGCAAUCAGCAACUACGCAGAACUGUGCACGCAAGGAGGUGUCCCAAUUAAAUGGAGAAAUGAAGGCUUAUGUUGUUUGCAGUGUAAUGUGGAAGGAUCUACUUACCUCCCUUGUGGGAAGGUUUGUCCAGACACUUGUUUUAAUACCACUGACGACUUGGAUUGUCAACAGUUAGAUUGUGUUGAAGGAUGUCACUGCCCACCUGGUAAAGUCUUACAUAAUGGUAGAUGUAUUGAUACAUCCAUCUGCCCAUGCCAAUAUGGAGAUGAAGUUGUGGACUCUGGAACUGUCUUCAAUGACGACUGUCAAGAAUGUGUAUGUGGAAAUCGCAUGAUUGAGUGUUUUCCUAUACCUGGCUGCUACGCAACAACAACUACUGCUACUACUACUACUGCCCCAAGUACUACAACUGAGUCUACUCCUACCCCAAGUACCACCACUGAGUCUACUCCUACCCCAAGUACCAUCACUGAGUCUACUACUACCCCAAGUACCACCACUGAGUCUACUCCUACCCCAAGUACCACCACUGAGUCUACUCCUACCCCAAGUACCACCACUGAUACCACCACUGAGUCUACUCCUACCCCAAGAAACACCACUGAGUUUACUCCUACCCCAAUCUACUACUACCACAAGUACCACCACUGA